AUGUCCACCAUCGAGGACCCUUUUGUUUCUAAUUCGCAGGACGGUUCUGUUUGCCGCGAAUCGCAUAGGUAUUCAUCUUUUGAUACGCAGCUGUUCAGUCUCAAUGCGUCUUCACCAGCACAGGCCAAGCGAGCCCUCGAGGCUCAUCUGGCGGAGACGGAGCGCAGACUGGAGGAGGCGUCCAAGUUGGGGACGGCGCUCAUUGAACAGCAGAGGGAGCUGGAGGACAAGCUGAAGGAGGUGGAACGCCAGCAGGAUGAGGGCGAGGUCGGACCGGAUCUGCGUCGAAAGCUAGUCGACCUGGAGAAAGAGUACAAUGAAAUCGGUCGGGAGACUGCGCGAGCCUUUCUUGGCCCCAAACGGCCUGCGGGUGCGGAUGAUGGUCACCUGGGGACCCCUUCCUUUGACCAAAAGUCGCCAAUCAGCCCAGCCCUGUUUGCCAGCCAGGCCACCAACUCUCCCAGCAAGGUGAGUGUUCCGUCGCGCAAGCAGCGAAACCAGCCGUCAAGCCGUGUCCACGAUAUCGAAUUCGCUACCGAGAUCUCCACAUCCCUUUUGGCUCAAGUUCGUCAAUUGCAAGCGCUGCUUGCCGAGCGCGAGGAUGCUCUCAAGAUCGUUAACCUGGAGAAAUCGCGACUCGAACUCGAGGCCGAGGGUUACGCCCAGCGCAUCCGAGCUCUCGACGAGAGUGAGCAACGAUACAAGGAUGAAAACUGGGCUCUCGAAACACAGACCCACGAAUUGAUGGCCGAUGCGAGAGAAGCUGCAGAUCGCGAAGCUAGACUCAACAGCAGCCUGAGUAGCGUCACUGUCGAAAAGAACUCCGUUGAACGUGAAUUGGAGGACCUGAAACAAGUCAAUGCCAAGAUCCUCGAAGACCAGAUGGCUGCCCAGAAGGCCAACGACUCCGAAGUCCAUCUCUUGCGUAGGAACUUGCAUGCAGGAGAUGCCGAAAAGCUUGCUCUCCAGCAGAAGCUUGAGGAAUUGAACUCGCAGAAUGAAGAGCUCGCAAGAGUAGUGGCGAUGCGCCUUCGACAGCACGAAGCGGAUUCUGCUCGCGACUCUCCCCAAGACAAUGAUUCUGACGAGCGAGACAAUUCGACACCCGAAAACUCCCCUCCCCCGUCUCCCAACAAGUUCACUCCGCGACACAACCAUCUGGAGACAGAGACGUUGCGGAGUUCGCUUGGUCAUGCUCACCGUAUGAUUCAGAACCUCAAGAGCACCAUUCAUCGCGAGAAAACCGAGAAGAUCGAGCUUAAGCGCAUGCUUCAAGAUGCCCGCGAUGAGGUCGAGACACGUCGCCGUGAAGCUAACGGACCGGGUGGUCUGGGUAGCAAGCGCCAGAAGACAAAGGCUGAACCCGCAAGGAAAGCUCCUCGACCGGACCUGCUUGGUGCAGGGCGCAAGAAGACCGAAGUCGAGGUCCACGACACCGACUGGGAAGACAAUACUGUGGACGGGAGCCCCUCCUCUCGUUCAACUAUGGCAAAGUCUCCCAGAAAUGUUUCUGGCGGACAGUCUUCCGAUGAACCUAGUGAUGCAUACCAGACCGCUACCGAGGCUGACGACGCCUUCGAGACUGCAAACGAGCGGGAGACCGCCACAGAAAGCGACGCAUUCCAGACCGGCAUUGAGAGCAUGGCUGAUGACAGCUCUGACACCGAUCAACUCACCGAGACCGAGGACAGCAUUCAAAGGACGCCUCGCCAGCAAAGAGUGUCGCCAUUGGUGAUGGCCAAGAGGGGUGACCGAAACUCGUACCACAGCACAGCUUCCACUUCUGCCGAUGAAGAUGAAUCUAGCGAUGGUGGAUUCCCCUCGCCUAGUCAAAUCAGCGGUCCUCGUCAACGACUCAAGACGAGAAGAAGCAUGAUGAGGAGAAUCCGUCCAUCCGGCGAGGCCCCCAUGGCAUCCGGUAGUCGGCCAUCCAGCUCUCGAAACUCCCCAGCCACAAGCUUUACGCAGGAUGCAGGAGCCUCAGAAGGCCAGAGUCUCUUUGCUGAGCUCGCAGAACUGGAUGGUACUGAAGAAGAAGGAGACUACGGCGCAGUUUCCCAGGUGUCGACUCCCCGCAUGCUUCCCGAAACCGAUUCGAGGAGACCAUCCGAAGCUAUGUUGGAUAUGCCCCCCAAGCCUGCUAUGGUUGACUCCGGUGUUAUGACCGAUCCUUGGGAACCAACACCUGCAGUUAACUCUAUGAAUCUAGGCGCAAUCUCUGCUUCGGAGACCCCCGAAGCACCUGAGAUGGUCAGCUCUGGUACUCAGCAGACACCUAUGAAGGCUGUCGACGAGCAAGUAUCCAGUGUGCAAACGCCGCCUAAAAUGGCGUGGGAUGAGCACUCCCGGGAAGCAGGACAAGAAGAGACAGCCCCCGCUGUUCCUGAGCCACCGCAAUUGGACAUCUCAUCUGUCUCCAGCCAGGAGACUGUGCCGGUGGCUCCUAAGCUCCCUGAACUGACUUCAUCGUACGUUGUGGGAGGCAUAACCGAACCAGUCGAGGGCCCCGCACUUGUGUCGCCAGAGAUGACUAUGUCGUCGCACUACACUCAACACACGGAGCCCGUGAUCGCUACAUUGCCCGAGCCUGAGCCUGUUGUCCUUCCUGAGUUGGCUGUUUCAUCGAUCUUCUCGGAGAACACUCAACCCAUCGUGGCAACGCUCCCUGAGCCUGAGCCUGUCAUUCCCAUGGUGGAGCAGGGCACAAGCACGGACCUCCAAGAGCUGGAUGUGUCGUCAAUCUUCUUCGAGCAGACUGAGCCUGUCGUGGCCAAGAUGCCCGAGCCCACGCCGGUGCCCGUUGUUAUUCCCGAGCCAAUGGCACCCGAGCCCGAGCUUCCUGAAUUAAGCAUGUCGGUUAUCAACGCCGAAUCUACGGAACCUGUCUCUCCCAAGCUACCGGAGCCAGUGGUGAUCCCCGAGCCCGAGCUUCCUGAAUUGGCUGUCUCGGCUAUCAACACUGAAUCCACUGAGCCUAUCAUUCCCAAGCUUCCGGAAGUCGUGGCCCCCUCAGUGCCUGAAUGUUCAUUCUCUACAAUCCGCUCCGUGGAGACACUCCCCGUUGAAUCUCUGCCAAGGGCAAUUAUCCCUACACUUCAAGUGUCCGACGAGGAUGAAUCACCCCGAGAACUCAACAACGUGCACAGAAAAUCAGUCUCGGAAUCUCCUGCUGUUGUUGUCGCGGAGGACAGCACAAGUGAUAAUGACCGGGAUCUUACCAGCGAUGAGCAGGCCGAUGCUCCCUUGCCCCUGGGUGCAGUUUCUGGCAAUGCCGUCCCCCGUAGCACAAAACAGCAGUCGACCUCAACACAGGCAGACCAAGGCGCCCAAACAAUCCUCUCAUCUAAGCAGAUUGAUCAAAUUCUGAUGGACCGUGCUUCCACUCGCCCGCUGUCUCCCCCUGACAGCGAUAAGGCGAAGGAAUUGGGAGCUUCUCCCUUUGCGACACCUAAGGCCAGACCUCGUCCUACUCCGCAAUCUUCAACCCCCUCCUCUCUCCCGUCCAACCACAAACGGCCAGGCAGUGCAACUAGCGUUGUCUCCAGUGUUUACAGCCACCCACCAUUGCCUGCUGACCACCGAGAGGCCAUUAUUGCGGCAGAGAAGCGGUCCAUCGACCACCGUCCCGCUUCUCCCAGUGUUAUGGGACCUCCUCUUGCCCCUGCUUCUGCAUACAGGGUGAAUGGCCCACCACGCCCACGCACACCAAACGAUCAAGCUACCCAGGCUGGAUCUGCCAGAACAACAUCUUCGCGGGCCAAGAUGAGACGCGAGAGCCAGGUUUCCCGAAGGUCCUCCGUUUCGUCGUUUGCUUCUGAGAUUGAAGAACGGUUCAACAUGCACCCCAGUGCGGGUCCCACGCCUCAAGGCUAUGCUCCCGGUACAGACCCUCGCAUGAUUCAAGCCAUCACCCAAACAAUGAUCGGUGAAUUCCUCUGGAAAUACACGCGCAAGACUGUUUCUGGAGACAUGUCCAGUACCCGCCACCGACGAUAUUUCUGGGUUCACCCGUACACACGCACAUUGUACUGGAGUGCAACAGACCCGCAAAGCGCUGGAAAGACUGAGCUCAGAACCAAGAGUGUCCCGAUUGAAGCUGUGCGAGUCGUUGCUGAUGACAACCCUUACCCACCGGGCUUGCAUUGCCGGAGCUUGGAAGUUGUCAGCCCUGGUCGUCGCGUGAGAUUUACUGCUACGACAAGCCAGAGACAUGAGACUUGGUUCAAUGCUCUAUCGUACCUCCUGCUUCGCAACUCAGAAAAUGACGAGGAAGAGCAAGAGAACAACAUCACACUCGAAGAUAUUGAUGAAUUCAACCCUGGGUUCCGCUCAAGCUCCCGCCAGAACGCACGUAUGUCAUUCUCGUCUUCCCAGAGCCGCACCCUCCGCAAUCUUCCCAAACAGCGUGCUGGCUCUGCCAUGUCUGUUCGUCAAACUGCAACUCCUGGGCGGGUUUCCCCGGCCUUGAGCGCUCCUGCGCAGGAUUCAUCUCUCCAGAUUCCAGAGCAGCAGCCUAGACAAGUUUCUUCCUCCCGCCUUAGCACGAUCCUCAACACAACUAUCAAAGGAUCAUUUGGUCGGAAAGGAAGACACGGAUAUGCCGAGUCCAGCCUUCAUGACGGAAGCAUUCAUGACCACGGAAGUGUAGACAACCUAUCUUCGCAUUCUCAUGCUCAUACGUUGGACCUGGAUAAUGAUCGCCUUGAAAACGUCCGCGCUUGCUGCGAUGGUCGGCACGACGUCAGCUCGCUAUCAAGAACAAGUCGCUACAGCCCGAGGGUCAAUCGAAUUCACUCUCACCACUAG